AUGAAACCUCUCAGAUCAAACCCUCAAAAAAUUCCCACAAAUUCCAUGCUUCAAACUAGGAAAUCAAACACGAGGGUGAAACCUUCACAGUCGGUGCUCCUUGAGCAAAGCCUCUUAGAUCAAAACCCUCUCAGAUCAAACAUACCAAGAUGGUAUGGCAGUGACACUGUGGCUCUGAAGGCUUGUGGCUUGUGGGUUGUGUUGGCUUGUGCCUUUGACUCUGAAGCAGCUCUAAAGGCUUUAACUUCGAUCGAUG